AUGACGAUCGUAGGAAAAGCAGACGUUCCGGAUAGGAAAGCUUUUCGCGAAGGCUUGAACAGCCGUGAUGAGCUGGCUGAGAAAGCUAAGUUCAUCACCGCUCACCUCGGGUGGGAAAGCACCCCGGCGUACUCGGAGACGGAAUCGCACGACGGAGGACCGUGCGAGGUAUCAGCGCCUCUGCCCGACGAAUGCAUCAUCGUGCUGCUGUACGGGCAGAUGCAGCUCGACGACGACGAGCGAGUCCUGACGGGGACCAACGUCGCGGUGCGCACGCAAGGGUCCAAGACGCUGCGGAUCCUGACCAACAGCGCCGCGGUGUGGUAUCCGGGGAUGUGCUGCUGGGAGGGGGACGAGUGCUUCCUCGCGACGAAGGGCCAGUGCAAGCGCUUGGGGAUCGGAAACGUCAGGGAGGUCAAGAAGAAGCCUAAGAAGUCGGCUUGGAGCUGGGUGAAGAAGCUUAGCUUGGGGAGGCAGGAUAAGGGUUCUUGA